CUAAUAUUCUUUAAUGCAUGUCCACUGUUCGUUCUACUUCAUAUAAUAUUCUUGAUUUUUGAGCUGUUGUUUUGUCGUCAAUUCAUAUUGACAAUUUUCGUUUUAAACCGUUGGCCAACAUCACGUCAGCAUGAUAAAACUCAAGUAUUUAAUACUUGUUGUUUUCAGCUUGUCGUUUUCAAUAAUAAUUGACCGGUCUGUAGCCGAAAGUUUGGAAGGUGAAGGAGAUGUAUUACAAGAGUUUACAGUUUCAUCGACUGUUGAAGGUGCUAGUAAAGAAGGUGCAACUACUGAUGAUAAUGUAGUAGUAGUUGAAGAAGAACGAAUAAAAUUAGAUGGGUUAAAUGCUGCCCAAUUACGAGAGUUAAAAGAACAAGCUGAAAAUUUUACUUUCCAAGCUGAAGUAAAUCGAAUGAUGAAACUGAUUAUCAACUCAUUAUAUAGAAAUAAAGAAAUUUACUUAAGAGAGCUUAUUUCCAAUGCUUCUGAUGCUUUGGACAAAAUUAGGCUAUUAGCAUUGUCUAAUGCUAAUCUUUUGGACGCAACUAAUGAACUUUCAAUAAGAAUAAAGGUAAAUAAAGAAUCCCAGAUGUUGCAUAUAACAGACACGGGUAUUGGUAUGACUCGUGAUGAUCUAGUAAAAAAUUUGGGUACUAUAGCUAAGUCUGGUACAGCUGAAUUUCUAAGUAAUAUAAAUAACGCUGACGGUCAGGAUAAAAAUGUUAAUGAUAUGAUUGGACAAUUUGGUGUUGGAUUUUAUUCUGCUUUUCUUGUUGCUGAUAAAGUUUUAGUAACAACUAAACAUAAUGAUGAUAAACAAUAUAUUUGGGAAUCUGAUGCUAAUAGCUUUUCCAUUGUCGAAGAUCCUAGAGGACCAACUCUUAAGAGAGGCACACAAAUAAGUUUACAAUUGAAAAAAGAAGCUCUUGAUAAUUUAGAAUUAGAUACUCUAAAAAAUUUAGUGAAAAAAUACUCACAAUUUAUCAAUUUCCCUAUUUAUUUGUGGUCAAGCAAAACUGAAACUGUAGAAGAACCAAUUGAAGAAGAAGAAACAGAAACAGAAAAAGAAGAGAAAUCAGAAGAAGAUGGUGCAGUUGAAGAUGCUAAAGAAGAAGAAAAACCAAAAACCAAAAAAGUUGACAAAACAGUUUGGGACUGGGAAAUACUUAAUGAUCAUAAACCUAUUUGGACUCGUAAACCUGAUCAAGUAGAAGAAAAUGAAUAUACUGAAUUUUAUAAAGCACUGACUAAAGAUACUAAAGAUCCAUUAACCUAUACACAUUUUAAUGCAGAAGGUGAAGUAUCAUUUAAAUCGUUGCUGUAUGUUCCAUCUGCUCAACCAUCAGAUACGUUUAACAAAUAUGGCACAGUUACUGAUAACAUUAAACUUUAUGUUAGAAGAGUUUUUAUAACCGAUGAAUUUACUGAUUUAUUGCCCAAGUAUUUAAGUUUCCUUCAAGGAAUAGUUGACUCUGAUGAUUUACCACUGAAUGUAUCUAGAGAAGUAUUACAGCAACACAAAUUGCUCAAAAUUAUUAGGAAAAAACUGAUUCGUAAAGCUUUAGAUAUGCUUAAAAAAUUAGAUGAAGAAUCAUAUAAAAAGUUCUGGGCUGAAUACUCAACAAACAUUAAAUUGGGCAUAAUUGAAGAUCCAUCCAAUAGAGCUCGUCUAGCGAAAUUGUUACGUUUCCAAUCAUCUGUUGAAGAAAUUCCUACAUCAUUGGCAGACUAUGUGAAACGUAUGAAUGAGAAGCAAGAACAUAUUUACUAUAUUGCUGGUUCCAGUAGAGCUGAACUCGAACGUUCCCCUUUUGUCGAGGGAAUUAUUCGCAAAGGAUAUGAAGUAUUAUAUUUAAUUGAAGCUGUAGAUGAAUACACAUUAUCAGCUAUUCCAGAAUUUGAAGGUAAAAAGUUCCAAAAUGUGGCUAAAGAAGGUGUUACACUUGCUGAAAAUAAAGAAAAGGCUGAAGAAUUGAAAAAACAAUUUGAACCACUAACAAAAUGGCUUGGUGAACAUGGUCUAAAAGAUAUGAUUUCUAAGGCAGUUGUAUCUGACCGUUUGGCUGAAUCUCCAUGUGCCCUUGUUGCUGGAAUGUUUGGAUGGACUGGUAACAUGGAAAGAUUAGCUCUAUCUAAUGCUCAUCAAAAAGCUGAUGAUCCACAAAGAGAGUUUUAUUUAAAACAACGGAAAUCUCUUGAAAUAAACCCUCGCCAUCCUCUUAUUAAAGAUUUGUUAAGAAGAGUUCGAGAUGAUCCUGAAGACCCAAAGGCAAAAGAAAUUGCUGUUAUGUUGUUUAGAACAGCUACAUUAAGAUCAGGAUUUAUGCUCCAAGAAUCUGCAGACUUUGCUGAAAGCGUUGAAGCUUUAAUGAAACAGUCAUUAGGAAUUCCUUUGGAUGAGAAAGUAAGUUAUGAUGAUGAUGAACCUAUUGCUGAUCAGCAAAUAGAAGAAGAAGAAGAAAAAGAAGAAUCACCUGAACACGAGGAAUUAUAAAAAAGAUAAAUAAUAUAUUUUAAAGAUGGACUGUAUCAGUUUAUCUAAUUAUAAGUCUGAUUUGCAACAUUUUUGCAUAUUAUUCGAAUAAGUAAUGUAUUUAUUAUAUCAUCAAUUUACCAGUA